ACACCAUGUGAAGAAAAAGUAUAUUAAAAGGGACACGGAAAGCAAACUUAGGAGGGUGACAACUUGUUCAUUCGUCUCACCACCACCGUUACCGUGUCGGCGUUUUUAACGGCUCGGCGGAGAGCGAAUGGACAGAGCCGGAGUGGAGCAGGACAGUCUCACCAACGGUACGACCUCGCCGUACGUCCGACCGUCUGCAUUGUGUCUGCAUCUCCCUGUCAGCUGUUGGGGGUGAUAGAGGACUCACCGGGUGAGUCUUUGAGCUGUUUUGGCUUGUGAAGAAGCUUUUCUUGAGGGUAGCAGACACGUAUACCAUGCCGACGAGUGAUGGCCCUAGUCACUUCCCCGUCUUUGUGGCUCCACCGCACGGCAACCACCAGAGGUCCCCAGGUUAUGUCCCCGGGCGAGUGGCUCCAGUCCGCUCGCCGCCACCUGCCAAAGCUCCACCGCCUCUACCGCUAAAACCUUGUGGCGUGCUGCCGGAGCAACUAGCCACUUCCAACCUCUCAGAGGAGAACCAGCGCAGGGAGCGUGCUCAGAGCCUCCAGCAAAGAAAGAACACACUGAUCUGCUUUGGAGUGUCGAUGGGUGCUUUGUUCCUCACGCUUAUCCUUAUUCUUAGUCUCACAAGUGGAGAUGUGUUAGACGAGAACUGUCCGGACCACAACCUAUCCCUUAGUGGCUGGAAUCCAGGCCACCAACCAGAGAAGGCUGUUGUUGUCAGGAGGGGACAUUUGUUUAGAUUGGAUUCUUCUGCUACCUUCUAUUCACUAACCAUACAGUCAGGAGGUCGGGUAGUUUUUGCAGACAGUGCUGAUGGCUCCAAAAACAUAACCUUGAGAACACGCCAUAUCCUCAUAGAAGAAGGUGGAGCCCUUCACAUCGGUGCACCCAAAUGUCGCUACCGUUCUCGUGCCACCAUUGCCCUUGUGGGCCGUUCCGACAACAAGGCGGAUCCUGAGGUUCCUGGCCUGGGCCGCAAGUUCAUUGGUGUUCGGGGUGGUGGAACUCUGGAGCUACAUGGUACUGAGAGAGUUUCCUGGUCUCUGCUGACCCAAAGCAUUCCCGCCUCCGGGCUGGCCACAGGAGGUCAUGCGUUUCAAAGGAACUUCAGCCGAGGCAUCAACCUGCGUGUGGUGGACCAGGACACAGCUGCUGUACUGUUGUCUGAACGCUAUGACACACAUGAGUCCCGUAACGACAGUCGUCGACUGACCCACCUUCUUCGGUCCCUGCCGGCAGGCCGCAUUGUCACUCUGGCUGUAGGAGACUCGGCCGUCAAAAGUCUUUUAGAUGAAACCAAGAAGACCAUUGAAGAGAAGCUCGGCAGCAGCUUUGUCUAUGAUCUCAAAUACAGACAGGCUUGGGCUUUGGUCUCUGUGGUAGAUGGCGGCAACGUGUCAUGCUCAGAGGACGUUAGGGAACAUGAAAACCACGACACAGGAGGUAGAGCUCUGGCAAGACGCAACUUCACCACUGUAGAUGGAGUGGGCUUCUCGGUCAGCGCCUACAGCGAAUGGAAGAACGGUUUCCCCAUCUCAGGCUUCCAGGUGGAUGCUUUGGACCAGGUGGUGCUAAACCUGCAGGAUGAAGUGCAGCAGACCUGGAAACAAGGGGAUCGCAUUGUAGUUGCCAGUACAGACUACUCCAUGCACCAGGCUGAAGAGUUUACCCUGCUGCCAUGUCCUCACUGCACCAGCAGGCAGGUCAGGAUACAAGGGAAGCCUCAGUAUAACCAUGUCGGAGAGAUCAUAGAUGGAGUCGACAUGCGUGCUGAAGUGGCUCUGCUCUCCAGGAACAUUCUCAUCUAUGGAGAAAUGGAAAACUCCUGCUACGGAAAAAACAUGUGUCAAUUCUACAGCCAUGACACCUACGGAGGCCAUAUCAAGAUCUUUGGUAACUUCUCGUCAGUGCAUCUGUCCCACGUGGAGCUGAAGAACAUGGGUCAGCAGGGAGAGAUGGGCCGUUACCCCCUCCACUUUCACAUGUGCGGGGAUGUUGACCAGAGGGGAGGCUACUGGGAACCCACCUAUGUGGACGGAGUCUCCAUUCACCACUCCUUCUCUCGCUGUCUCACCAUCCACGCCACCAAUGGUUUGCUGGUGAAGAACACUGUAGGUUAUGACACCUUGGGUCACUGCUUUUUCCUUGAGGAUGGGAUUGAGCAGCGUAACACUUUCUACCACAACCUUGGCCUGCUGACUCGACCUGGGACUCUGCUGCCCACUGACCGCAAUGAGACACUCUGCACCAGCAUCAAGGACAAAGUCUACAAGGGCUACACUCCCUCACCCAGCACAGAGUGCAAGGCAGUCUCAACAUUCUGGAUUGCCAACCCUAACAAUAACCUCAUCAACAAUGCAGCUGCUGGUUCUCAGGACACUGGCAUAUGGUUUGUGUUCCACAGCUCUUCCACUGGAGACUCUCAUGGGCUGGUACCAGAGACCAAGGCAGAGCUCACUCCCCUGGGGAUUUUUUACAACAACCGUGUACACUCCAACUUUAAGGCAGGACUGUUCAUUGAUAAAGGGGUGAAGACCACCAAUGCUAGUGCUGCCGAUCCUCGGGAAUACCUGUGUCUAGAUAACAGUGCCAGAUUCCGACCACACCAGAAUGCUGACCCUAGCCGUCCUCGGGUGGCGGCAGUCAUCGACACUCUGAUCUCCUUCAAGAACAAUGAUUUGGGAGCGUGGAUACGGGGUGGUGACAUUGUCAUCCAGAACUCUGGUUUUGCAGACAAUGGGGUGGGAUUAUCCUUUGCCAGUGACGGCAGCUACCCCAAGGAUGAAGGCUCCAGCCAGGAGGUAAUGCAAUCCCUGUUCGUGGGUGAAAGCCGGAACAGAGGGACCAAUGGAGGCCAGAAUAAAUACUGGGGACUAGGAGGGGCUGAUGCAAAGAUGAGAACACUGCCCAGAAACAGGACAUUCCCAAUCCGAGGUUUCCAGAUUUAUGAUGGUCCGGUGCGGCUUACACAGAGCACAUUCCGUGGAUUCAUCCCCACACCAGAGCGUUACACCAGUGCAGUGGGAUUCAACCUGAAGAACACCUGGCAGCUGACUCCACGAAAUAACUUGUCCCAGCUCAGCUUCCACUCCACUGUGGGUCUGCGGACGUUCUUUGGUCGCCCCGGGCAGUGGUUUGAAGAGAAUGACCUGGACGGUGACAAAAACUCCAUCUUUCACGAUGUGGACGGGUCAGUAACAGGCUACAGAGACACCUACGUCGGCAGAGCAGACAAUUACCUGAUCCAACAUCCUGGCUGUGUGAACAUGUCCCGGUGGAAUGGAGUGAUCUGCAGCGGCCACUACUCUCAGGUGUACAUCCAGACCCAGGGAGCCCCCAGCCUCAGUUUAUCCAUCAGCAGAGAUGAAUAUCCUGAAUCUCCUCUGGUACUGAGGGGGAUUAACAGCCAGGGGGCGCUGUCUCAGCAGUAUCAGCCCAUCCUGAUGAUGAGCAAGAGCUACACUCUGCACUGGAGUGGACCUGCACCCAGAGAGGUUGUCCUCUCUCUCAUCAACUUUGAUAAAAAUGACUGGGGGCUGGUGGGACUCUGUUACCCAUCAGAUACCACAUUCCAGAUCAUGGCCGACAUCAACGACAGGCAAAGCAACACCUUUGAUGAUAUCACAGACUACGGCACUGUGUCAUCCCUUGCAGAGCUGGAGAAAAGAAUGAUGGAAAGGAAGUACUUCUUUGACCAACCUGUUGGCUUGUUGUGGCUCUACCUUCGCGCCCGGCAUAGUCGUGACGGUCACAGCUACUGUUCAGUGAAAGGCUGUGAAAGAGUGAAAAUCAUGGCCACCACAUCCUCCAAACAGACCUCUAACUGUACAGCUAAGGCCUACCCCAAGUACUCCAAGACUCCCUCAGCAGUGGUGCCUAUGCCAGCUCUAAACACAGACCCCUGCAAAGGCUGUGGUGCUAAACAGCUGGUGUUUUCCAGCGAGCCAUGGACCUUCUACCUCCAGACACAAAUCAAGUCUCUCAGCAGUAAAGAGCAGCAGAGAGGAGAUAACAGCUCCUUUAUCACUGUGAAUGAGGUGACCAUGCCCUUCUCUCAGCCUGGGUAUUUCCUGGUCUCAGUGGAUGCCUGCUCUGGAAAAGUCACAAAGAAAACUUCAUUUUCCAAAAUGGACGCAAAAAUGGAGCAGUACCUAAAAAGCGGAAUACCAAAGAAGUCAAUAGUGCUCAUGGCAACACGAGGUCAGCCAGAAGGCCUGGUUGUUGUCGCACCAUAUCUUGUCUCCUUGGGUAUGGCCAAAGCUGCCGAUCUGCAUAGUAAAGAGAGUCUGGCACUUUGGGGGUUCCAGGGUGGCUCUUCACCCCCUUCGUGGGUUUCUCUACUUGCCGGGCAGGGGGAGGACUUCCUGAGGCUGCAGGAGCGCUACUUACCCCUGGGUUUGGAGGCAUACGGCUGUACGCCACCUGCAGCUCCAAUGCGCAAAGACCUGGAGUUACUCAAAAAAGCCACGGGACUACAAUGACCAAUGUGAACUAUACAACUUACCUACCCAAAACACUCUUGCACACAGAUACACAAACACACACAGCCAGCUGAUGAAUGUGAACUGCCGAAUUUAAUUUAUUAACAAUAGCCAAGAUGUUUACCAAUUGGAGAGUGGAGAGAAGGUAUUUUAUUAUGAAGAGGGGGAGUAUUUUUGUGAUUAGUUUGUGUGGGUGCGUAAGUAUGUGCAAGUAUGCCUUGGGGCCGCAGAGUCAAUGCACUUUUCUUUUAAAGACACAACUUAUCAGCCAAAGUGAUCAAAAGGAGCUUUGCGAUACUGUAACUCAAUAGUUUAUCUUCGACAACAGAAAAAAACAAACCCAAAGCAACCUUUAACAUCUACCUACCAAUGUUAUUAUUUAUUAUGUAGUAAAUGAAAACAGAAUGAAUUGGAUUGAGUGUGAAAAUAAAACACAAUGCAUUAGAUACACACAGACCAGGACUAAAUUAUGAAAAUAAAUUGCAUUGUCCCUGAAAUGAGACAUGUUCUAUUUGAACUGACAAUGAAAGAUGGAUUAGAUGUGCUCAGGUCAGAAGGAAAUGAUAAAAAUAAGUGCCAUUGCAAUAUGAAAAUUAAACAGCUAUAUUAAGGAAAAAUUAACGUGUAAUAUAAUAAAAAAGAGCCAGUGGGUUUGAUGUGUUAGUUAUUAUUUGAUGCAAAACACAUUUUAAAAGCAAGUUAUAACAAGCCAUAUGCAUAUUAAUAUUUAAAUAGUCAUAUAGGCAUACAGUAGUUUGCAGUAAAAUUAAUCUGGCUAUCUUGCCUUUCUAACAUAUGAUAAUGCCAUUAAGUAGAUAACUCACUAUUAUAUAGGUCAUUACUCUCUUUCCAUUCAUUCUCACACAUCUUUUAGCUUUGUAGCUGAGGUCUCUAACAACUGAAUCUUUAACUGGAAAACCUCCUCUGAUCAUCGUGCAGCUCUACAACUAAAGACUUUAAGCACCUUUUUAAUGGAUUCUUACAUGGACUUACUGGAUCUUUUAGCUCAUAUCUUUUAUUUAUCGCUUUGCAGUAAUGGUGUCUCGAUUACUGGCCACAUGUGCAGCACAAAUAUAUGUACAUAUUAUGUAAGUUUUCUUUUUAUUUUUGUUUUCUUAAACAGGAUUGAAUGUUUAAACUUUCAUCUGCCUCAUUCAUGAUCUUUUAGCGUUCAUUGUUGCCAAACCGUGUUUAGAUACAUUACAGGGUGCUUUUUUUUUUUUUAGAGAUGGCACCCUGACUGUACAGUAGUGAGCAGCAAAAUGCAUACAGAUCAUAUACCAGCUUUAAGGUAUAAGGCUUUAUGUUGGGACUUUCAGUAUAUAACCUUUUUUGCUGUGUUUGGAUGUGAGCAGGGCUCCCCCACUGAGCAAUAACAAGUACCUGUUUGCGUGUGCGUGUGUGUGUGUGUGUGUGUGUGUGUGUGUGUGUGUGUGUGUGUGUGUGUGUGUGUGUGUGUGUGUGUGUGUGUGUGCUAGUAUAUGACUGACCAUGUGAGAUAUAGAGAGGACAGUUACCUUGUUGCCUUUUAACCACUCUACUGUUAAAAAGAGCAAAAGAAUGAGAGAAAGAUGUUUCCAUCCCUUACCUUUUGUUCAAUUGAUGCUUUAAAGAUGCACAACCAGAGUUUUUUUUUUUUCAAUUAGAAGUGAGCUUUGUAAAUAUGGUGCUUAAUGUUUAACUCAAACUGUACAUGUAAUGGGAAACAGGUUUUCAAUAGUGUGUAUUUACUGUUGUUUUUGUUUUUUAGUCAAUUAAGUCAUUUUGACGAAUUUAAGUCAGUUCUUUCAACAUGGAAACUCAGCAUUUUUUUUAUGAAAUUGCCAAU